AAGGCCUAAAUUUUUUUAAAUGCUAAGAGCUCAAGACCAAACAAACACGGAGUACAGGUCGGCUAAUUGUUCGUUUCUUUUUUCCUUCUCCACUGUAAACCGGCUAUUACAUCGCUGGGAGCUCUACUGGGUACGCUUCGCCUCCGUGAUUUGCAAUAAUUCUUUCCUUCCCGUUCACUUGAUGGGAAUCAUAUUAGGGCUAUUGCUACUCCUUCUUGUGCCCGUCUUCGUUGGCUUCUAUUUGGAGAUUUUCAUGGCUGAUCAGGAUUCCCGCUUGUAUCUUCGCUCCUUGUUGUCGCUGAUCUUGGGGGUUGGGUGCUAUGCACUUUUGGGCGGGGCGUUGCUUUAUGUGCUUCGUAGAAAAAGGCGGGCGGGAGCCGUCGCUGAAGGAGAAGAAGAGCAGGUCUCAGAAAAAACCUUGUUGAUCAAGGAAAUGGGAGAUCAGUCGGUCUCGUUAAUGAAAUUGGAGACGGAGGUAGCUACAGAUAAGAAUCUCACUACGGUUCAAGACAUGGAGUUGGAGGAGAACGGGAGUAAACCGCAGGAGAUCGAUGAGGAUCUCCACAGUCGGCAGCUGGCUGUGUAUGGGAGGGAGACCAUGAGACGACUCUUUGCCUCAAAUGUUCUCAUAUCUGGCCUGAACGGCCUUGGCUCUGAAAUAGCAAAAAAUAUCGUCCUUGCAGGAGUAAAGUCUGUUACCUUGCAUGAUGAAGCGGAUGUAGAAAUAUGGGACUUGUCUAGCAACUUCUUUUUCUCAGAGGAUGAUAUUGGUAAAAAUAGAGCUCUUGCUUGUGUGCAGAAGUUGCAUGAUCUCAAUAAUAAUGUCAUGAUAUCGACAAUAACAGACAAGUUGUCAAAGGAGCAUCUAUCAAAAUUCCAGGCUGUAGUGUUUACAGAUGCUAGUUUGGAGGAAACCAUCGAAUAUGAUGAGUUCUGCCACAAUCACCAGCCACCAAUUGCCUUCAUAAAAUCUGAAGUCCGAGGUCUUUUUGGUAGUGUGUUUUGUGACUUUGGUCCAGAGUUUACUGUGUUUGAUGUUGAUGGCGAGGAACCUCAUACUGGUAUUGUGGCAUCCAUCAGUAAUGAUAAUCCUGCAGCUGUUUACUGUAUCGAUGAUGAAAGGCUUGAGUUUCAGGAUGGGGAUCUUGUCAUUUUCUCUGAAGUUGAUGGCAUGAAUGAACUAAAUGACGGUAAGCCAAGAAAAGUUAAAAAUGUAAGACCGUAUUCAUUUACCCUUGAGGAGGAUACUACAAAUUUUGGCAGAUAUGAGAGAGGAGGCAUUGUAACACAGGUAAAGCUACCUAAGGUCCUGCAAUUUAAACCCUUGAAAGUUGCUCUUAAGGAGCCAGGGGACUUCCUUCUGAGCGACUUCUCAAAGUAUGAUCGCUCACCUUUAUUACAUUUGGCUUUCCAAGCUUUGGAAAAAUUUAGGUGUGAUUUGGGUCGCUUCCCUAUUUCUGGUUCUGAAGAGGAUGCUCACAGGCUGAUAGAUUUUGUUACUAAUAUCAAUUUAAACUUGGGGGAGGGUAAGCUGGAAAAGAUUGAUCAUAAGCUUCUGCAGCAUUUUGCUAGUGGUUCACGAGCAAUUUUAAAUCCUUUGGCUGCAAUGUUUGGUGGCAUCGUUGGUCAGGAGGUUGUUAAAGCCUGCUCAGGGAAGUUCCAUCCACUUUUUCAAUUUUUCUACUUUGACUCAGUCGAGUCUCUUCCGGUGGAACCAUUGGAUGCUGAUGAUUUGAAGCCUUUGAACUGCCGUUAUGAUGCCCAAAUUUCUGUUUUUGGAUCAAAACUUCAAAAGAAGCUUGAAGAGGCUAAAGUCUUUAUGGUGGGCUCUGGUGCACUUGGAUGUGAGUUUCUGAAGAAUCUGACUUUAAUGGGAGUUUGUUGCGGUCAGAAUGGGAAGUUGACUUUAACAGAUGAUGAUGUGAUUGAGAAGAGUAAUCUGAGCCGUCAAUUCCUAUUUCGUGACUGGAAUAUUGGACAAGCCAAAUCUACGGUAGCUGCUGCUUCAGCUAGUUUAAUCAACCCAGCAAUACAUGUUGAAGCUCUUCAAAACCGAGCAAGCCCGGAGACUGAAGAUGUGUUUAAUGAUGCUUUUUGGGAGAGCUUGAGCGUUGUCAUCAAUGCACUGGACAAUGUAAAUGCUAGAAUGUACAUGGAUAUGCGAUGUGUAUAUUUCCAAAAGCCACUUCUGGAAUCUGGAACUCUUGGUGCCAAGUGUAACACUCAGAUGGUCAUACCUCACUUGACUGAAAAUUAUGGGGCAUCUAGAGAUCCACCUGAGAAGCAGGCACCUAUGUGCACGGUCCAUUCUUUCCCCCACAACAUAGAUCAUUGUUUGAGCUGGGCUCGCUCUGAGUUUGAAGGCUUCUUUGAGAAAACUCCCAGCGAAGUUAACAAUUUUUUAUCCAACCCAGUUCAAUAUGGUUUGUCCAUGAGAAGUUCAGCUGAUGCUCAGGCCAGGGACCUACUUGAGCGUGUUUAUGAAUGCCUUGAGAAGGAGAGAUGUGAGACAUUUCAGGACUGUAUUAAAUGGGCUAGACUGAAGUUUGAGGACUACUUCGCAAAUCGAGUGAAGCAGUUAACGUUUACUUUCCCUGAGGACUCUAUCACAAGUACAGGUACACCCUUCUGGUCUGCCCCCAAGCGUUUUCCACGUCCAUUGCAGUUCUCCUCUAGUGAUCCAGGCCAUCUCCAACUCAUCAUGGCUGCUUCUAUUUUAAGAGCGGAGUCAUUUGGAAUUUCUGUGCCUGAUUGGGGCAAAAAUCCAAAACUGUUAGCUGUUGUUGUUGACAGCGUUGUGAUUUCUGAUUUUGAGCCCAAAAAAGACGCUAAAAUUGUAACGGAUGAGACAGCAACUACCCUUACGGCUGCGUCUAUUGAUGAUGCUGAUGUAAUCGAGGACCUCAUUACUAAAUUGGAAUCGUGUGCCAAGAAGCUUCCCCCAGGAUUUCAAAUGAACCCUAUUCAUUUUGAAAAGGAUGAUGACACAAAUUACCACAUGGAUUUUAUUGCUGGGCUUGCCAAUAUGCGUGCAAGAAACUACAGCAUUCCAGAAGUUGAUAAGCUCAAGGCUAAAUUUAUUGCUGGAAGAAUUAUUCCAGCCAUUGCUACCUCCACAGCCUUGGCUACUGGCCUUGUAUGUCUUGAACUUUACAAAGUCCUCUCUGGUGCGCACAAGAGAGAAGAUUACAGGAAUACUUUCGCUAAUCUUGCCCUCCCAUUGUUCUCCAUUGCUGAACCUGUUGCUCCCAAGGAAAUCAAGCACCGUGAUAUGAAAUGGACAGUGUGGGAUCGUUGGAUCAUAGAAGGGAACUUAACACUACGUGAACUUCUAAAGUGGCUAUCUGAUAAGGGACUCAAUGCAUAUAGUAUCUCCUGUGGUACUUCAUUACUUUACAAUAGCUUGUUUACAAGGCACGGUGACCGGUUGGAGAAGAAAAUAGUUGAUUUAGCGAGAGAAGUGGCUAAGGUGGAAGUACCAACAUAUAGAAGGCACCUGGACGUCGUUGUUGCUUGUGAGGAUGAUGAAGACAAUGACAUUGAUGUACCACUGAUUUCCAUUUAUUUCCGAUAGUUAAUGUGAGAUUAGAGAACUUACUACUGUAAGUCCUAUCCCUGUUUGUCAGAAAAGUGUAUAUUUUUCUUGCCAUUGGAUCAAAAAAAAUUUCUGGCUUUAGAUUUUCGUUUCAUUUAUAAACACAGUGAGGAUAACUAAAUGGUGGAAUUAUUCGCACAAAUUCCUAUAUCAUUAAUCAUCUUAUAUUGAGAUUUAUGUUUUA